UACUCAUUCGAUCGGCCCUCAUUUCUCAUCUGGGACGCCGCAAUGGAGCUCACGCUGCAGCAACUUAGGGGUUUCGACGGCUCCGACGACAGCAAGCCCAUCUACGUGGCGAUUCGGGGUACGAUCUACGACGUCUCCUCCGGCAAGGGAUUCUACGGCCCCGGCGGUUCCUACGCCGUCUUCGCUGGCCGCGAGACCUCCCGCGCCCUCGCCAAGAUGAGCAAGGAGGAGGGCGACAUCUGUGGGAACCUGGAAGGCCUCUCCGAAAAGGAGCUCGGCGUCCUCGUUGACUGGGAGAAAAAGUUCCAAGUUAAGUAUCCGGUCGUCGGUCGCCUCGCGUCCUAGAAUCCGACCAUACCCUUCUUCCCCGGUUUAAUCCCUCGGUCUCAUCGUUAAAUCUUGGGCUUUUAUGUUCUUUACUAGUUCUAUCUGUGUGAUUUCCAUGAUCUAAUUAACGGUAUCCUCUAUUGAUGUUGUAGGAAGUUUGGAUUGCUCUUUUCUACUCUCUAUUCCGUGUAAAAACUAAAUAAACCGUCUCUAUGCUUUUGCAUGAUUGUCGGAGAAUUUUAUUCGAAUAUGAAUUGGGGAAAUUGCUAAUA